GAAAAUGAAACUCGAUUCAAAUUCAGUCUUUUAAAGCAGAUAAUAGAAAAGAACGUUCACUUACAGUACGUUAAAGAACUAUAUUCCAGACACACAAGUUUCCAUACAGAAAAGUCCAGUAUAUAUGCAGUAAUUCUAUGCAGAUAUCUGGGACAACAGAAGAUGGUCACACACCUAUGGCUAAUGCUUGCAAUGUUUGUUUAUCUAGGGGAAGCUUCUAAUGAUUUCAACGAAGCUCUGAAGCAGAGGUUUAAAAGAGCGACACAUCCUGGAAUACUAAUGGAGAAAAAAGAAGCCUUAGGUUUCCUACACCACAGGGUAAAGAGAGGACUGGGUGAAGAGUGUAAUGAAGGUUGUUCCUGGGAAGAAGUCAUCGAGGUCUAUGAACCAAACACAGCCAGAUCCAAAUCGUAUUUAUUGAACUUGAAAUGUGGUCCUUUGAGUUGUCCUGCUGGAUGCUAUUCGACAAAUAACGACUACUCCCACAACAAUAACCUGGCUGUCGCAUGCUAUCCUCAUUGUGAUCGAAAAGGAAACCCAUCUGCAUGUGAAAUAUAUUAUAAUGAUGAUGUCCAAAUUACACGAGCAGGAGAUAUACGACAGGGUACUGGUACAUGUGCUUCUGUUGACGUUUGUAGUGGCUGUAACGAUGGCUUCUACAGCGGAGAUAAAUACUGUUAUAGUAAGUACUUGUCAGUAACAAUGUAA